AUGAAGCAACAGCUAGCUUCACUCCCAGAUAUUGCAGCCCCAGAAACGGGAGAAUUGAUCUCUGUAUACCUUUCGGUUGCUGAAGAAGCAAUAAGUGUGGUCAUCACCAUUGAACGAGACAAAGUUCAGAGUGUGCUUGAAAAACCUGAAAAUUCAGGACGAUUAGCCAAGUGGGCAGUGGAACUAGGUGAACAUAACAUCACCUAUGUUCCAAGAAAAGCCAUCAAAGCCCAAGUCUUGGCUGAUUUCAUUGUAGAAGUCACAAAGCAAACAAUCACUGAAGUAAACACAACUGCCACUAAACCCUCAGACCUUGAAGCCUGGAAGCCUUUUACCGAUGGUGCUUCAAGCGUUGAAGGGUCAGGGGCUGGGCUCAUUCUGAUCAACCCGGAAGGGUUAGAAUUCACGUAUGCUCUUCGAUUUGAUUUUCAGACCACCAACAACGAAGCUGAAUACGAAGCAUUGAUAGCCGGGUUAAGGCUGGCUAAGGAAAUGAAAGUUCAAAAGCUUGAAGUGUUUACAGACUCUUUGCUGGUGUUAAUCCAAGUGAAUGACAGUUACGUUGCAAAAGAGCCCAAUAUGAAGAGAUACAAAGAAAAAUCCAAAGAGUUCAUGAACACCUUCCAAACGUGUACCAUCAAGCAAAUUCCCAGGUCUCAAAAUAAGAAAUCUGAUGCCUUGAGUAAACUCGCUUCUCUCACCUUUACCCACCUUACCAAAAAAGUAUUGGUAGAGGUGUUGAAAGCUCCAUCAAUUGAUGAAUUGGAAGUUCAAGACGUAAUCACUGAAGAAGGCACCAAUUGGAUGACUCCAAUUAAAAAAUUCCUUAAAAAUGGUGAGUUACCUGCUGAUCAAACAGAGGCUGAAAUGGUUAAAAUCAAAUCUAGACAGUACGUGUUGCAAGGUGAAAUCCUCUGCAAAAAGGGUUGCCUUGCACCCUUGCUGAGAUGUGUUGGUCCCGAACAAAGCCAGUACUUGAUCAGAGAGGUUCGUGAAGGGAUAUGCGGAGCCCAUUUUGGAGCAAGAACGGUGGUUGCUAAACUAAUGAACCUUGGGUAUUUUUUGCUAUCUAUGCACCGAGACACUGCUGAACAACUGAGAAAAUGUGAUUCUUGCCAAAUUCAUGCACCAGUACCAAAGAGCCCCAAGCACGACCUUGUCCCGAUAUCUUCAGCCUGGCCAUUUUAUAAGUGGGGAAUGGACAUUGUCGGCCCAUUCCCAGCAGCCAAAGGUGGAGUGAAGUUGUUACUAGUUGCCAUAGACUACUUCACCAAGUGGCCGGAGGUUAAACCACUUGCAAAAAUUACGGGCAAACAGGUCUUUGAUUUCGUUUGGGAAAACAUCAUUUGUCAUUAUGGAUUGCCGUGA